GAAUUAGCGCGUCGGAAGAAAUGCUGUUGGUUUACUUCUCUGAACAGAAAACACUAGAACUUUGGAUAUUUAUAUUUAUGUUCUGAAAGUAGUUGAAGUUUUCUUUUGUUUGAGUAAUCUGCUGCCACCUGCGCUUUGCUGGAAUAUUGUCAAAAAAACCGAGUCAAUGUAUUAUUUCAAUACGAGGCAUUACUAAUGUAUGAGUUUCAAGCCGUUCCUAUUCAGUAUCUUAAUUUUUUUCUUAAGUUCAUUCAUACUUUAUGAAAAGUUGAUAAAAGAUGUUUGCAUUAUAAACAAAUACGAGAAGAGCUUGUGGAAAAAAUAAUCGAAGAUGAGAGUACCUUAGUCGUUUUAAAGAGUAGGCAAAGUUUCUCGAUUUGGCGAAAUUUGACUUAGUUACACUUCAAAAGAAGAUUACCGCCUAACUUUGUUAAGAGUGGGUAUAAAUCUUGAAUAGUUCCGCUCCGAUAAUAAGUUUGAGUAAAAGUCGUAAAAACAAAAGACCUUAAUAGAAGAAAAGUCGAGAAAAAAUCGGAAACUGAAGGUAAGCGUGAGUGAGAAGCUCGCUGUAUUUACUUAAGGUACAUACACUGGCUUCACAUAAGGUACUCUCGAGUGAGUACCUUAUGUGAGCUAGUGGGCAAGUAGGGAAUUAAGAUCCCAUUUUAUGGUUCGGUAGUUUAAAAGCCGUUGUAUUCUUUCGUCAGGUUUAGAAAAAUGUUACUAAAAAAUUGUAAGCUAUUUGUUGCUUUAAGAAAAGGGCGUCAUUUGUCAACGAUGUUUUUUUUUUUCUUUUAUAAAUUACAGGAUGAGAGGGCAUCUUGUUGGUUUCCUGUUCUGUCCUGUUCUGUUGAGUGGUGUUGCUGUAUUUCUGGUGGCAUUCAGUUCGUCGCUGAGCACUGACUUGAGCAAGGACGAGGUUUUCGAGAGAGUUGAAGGAUUUGAGCUCAUUGGUCACAUCACCAAGACAUUAUACACUGACGAAAUUAACUGUGGAUUAAAAUGCCUUCAGGAUAAAAAAUGCCGAUCAUACAACAGCAAAUCCGAUGCUAAUGAUGCAAUGAAGGAAUGUCAAAUGAGUAACCAAACCAAACAAUCAAGUCCGGAAAACCUGAGGCAAAACCCACGUUCUACUUAUUAUGGAACAGAUAAACGAGGUUUUGAUUCUGCUUAUCCGGCUCAUUCCUGCAAGGAAAUUCGGGACUCUGGACACUCCGAAGACGAUUGUCGCAUUGUAAAGUAUGAGCCCCAAAUGGUUGGGAGAUCUCUGUUGAAUCACAUGAUAAUUUCGCUCGUCAUAGACUCGAUGGACAUUUGUGAAUUAAGGUGCUAUCUUGAACACGACUGUGUGUCGAUCAACUUUGGAGCUGAACAUGACGGAGGGAAUUUAUGUGAACUAAGUGACUCAGAUCACUUUGUUCCUUCUGGAGAUCUUAAAAAUCGAGAGGGAUUUAUCUACAGAUCAGUUGAGAAUUUUUGCACCAGCAAUCCUUGUUCAUCGAAUGGCCGCUGUCAAACAGGAUUUGGAGAUAAAGGAUACGGCUGUAUAUGUUCUACAGGAUACACAGGGGAACACUGUUCUACUGCGAUCCUCGGUCACGUUAAAGAAAACCCUGGGAAUUCUUGUAAACAUAUCUUGGAUAAUGGGACAUCGAAAGGAAACGGGGUGUACUGGAUCGACCCCGGCAACAGCGCAGACCCUAUAAAAGUUUACUGUGACAUGACAACUGAUGGAGGAGGUUGGCUGCUGGUCGCAAACAUUGUGGCUGAGGAUUCCAUCCCUAAGAGUAUGACGUCUAUGGGAUCAUACCUUAGAAUACAAGACUACCACAAUUCAAAAAUGUUCCUUUCCGAUACUGCCAUGACCGAACUGCGGAAGCGUUUGUCUUUCACUCAGCCGAGAUUCCACUGCAGCAAACAACUGGGACGCACGUUCCACGUGACCACUGUUGCUAACAGCUCUGGUGAAGCCUUGGUCAUGUACUUCAGCGGUCAGACGAAUGAGCGACCUUCUUCAUGCAACUCUUUCCGGAGAGUAGAGGGGGAUAAUUCUUCCCUUUCUGUGGCAUGUCAUGAGUGGGGAACCAAGUAUGACGGGAAAUGGGGUCACGAGCACGGAAGUAACAAACUAGUCAAUCACUUGGCGUACGUUUCACAUACGUAUCACUGGCAUAUUGACCAGGGAGACUGGUUGUGCGAUGACAAAGGAUACGAAAACAACCUAUCACGUGGAGAUUUUUGGAAAAUAUAUGCGCGAUAAGCUAUCUUAAGAACUACCCACACUCUUCACCGUGACGAUUUUAAGAGUGAAAUUGUGACUGUUAGAUUUUUCGGUACUCUUUCCCCAUCACAUGCUGUAGUUAAAUUUUCACCGGAGUAUAAUUGAACGAGACAAUACGGUUGAUUAAAAAAGAGAGAAAGUUCUAACAUUAUUUGAACAUCGUAAAAUGUUGCACUCAACCUUUUUUAUCUUAAAAAUGCACGCCAACUAGAUCAAGAACAAAGGUUAAAAAGGUGAGUUCUCAUCAAGUAUAACCUACCAUGAUAUGCCGGGUAUAAUAGUUUUCUCAUCGUAUAUGUUAAAAAGACUUUGAUUACUAAAAUCUUUGCGGAAGGUGUUCAAGAACUUGUAAAACGAAGACAAUGACGUAAAUAACUUUCAUUGUUGUCUCAUAACGUAUGCGACCUGGUGACACUCUGUGGAAUAAUCUUGUUCACAAUUCAGUUGUUGUACAGAUCAGCUUUUGCCCAGUAAUUAGUAAGGACUAAGCUUAAGUUGAUUUCGAUGCAUAUUAGGUACGCUAGCGGUUUUUUGAUGAUCAAAAUCAUUGUCCCAUAUUCGAUUUGA